AUGCUCCUGGCUUCUGUCUCCUUCGUCCUGAUCGCUGUACAUGUGUCUGUAAUGGUGGAAAGUAAACCUCUGGACCUACAGACCAUCGUUGAUCCAAGACCUAAAGGGCAGACGCGUUCUUUGAGAAGUAGUGAGUGGCCAAACUUUUUAGUUAUUCUUCCAGUAAAAACACAAAGCAGCAUUUUUGUGUCAAUAUUUGAUUUGAAACAUAAAGACUUUCUGUGCAUGGACCAAAAGGGAGAGAUGUUUAGCUCUAAACAUAGUGAAACACAAGACUGUCUCUUCCAGCGGCUGUGGCUGCAAUGGCCCUUGAGACAUGAUAAACGCACUCUGCCACCAAUCCAAAGGAAACAGAUCACUCAAACAGAGAUCAGACAGGUGCAGUGUCCAAAGAAACCAUCACCUCAUGUGACGACCCUCUCAAAGUCCUACAAAGCAAUGGAUCUGGGAGCCCUGUGA